CAAUUGUCAACACUAAAAGAUCUUGCUCAAGCACUCCAGCCCUAAAAUCUUAAGCCGGGUUUUGUUAUCGCAUAAAUUAAAGUAAACAAGAACAUUUUCGGCUCUGCUCCAUGAUCAUCUUAACUCUCCUAAUCGCAUUAAUCCUUGCGUGCCUGGGCAAUGCCGCCGCUGAUAGAUUACCCAAUAUCCUGCUGAUCCUGUCCGACGAUCAGGAUGUGGAGCUGCGCGGAAUGUUUCCCAUGGAGCAAACGAUCGCUCUGCUGGGCUUCGGAGGCGCCCUGUUCCACAACGCCUUCACGCCCACGCCCAUUUGCUGUCCGGCUCGGACGAGUCUGCUCACAGGGAUGUAUGCGCACAACCAUGGCACCCGGAACAAUUCCGUGAGUGGUGGCUGCUACGGACCGCACUGGCGGAGAGCCCUGGAGCCACGGGCUUUGCCUAACAUACUGCAGCAGAAUGGAUACAACACCUUCUUCGGCGGGAAGUACUUGAAUCAGUAUUAUGGCGCCGGCGAAGUGCCCAAAGGAUGGAACGAGUUCUACGGCCUCCAUGGAAACUCCCGUUACUACAAUUACACAUUGCGCGAGAAUUCCGGCAAUGUGCACUACGAGUCAACCUACCUGACCGAUCUGCUAAGGGAUCGUGCCGCGGACUUUCUGAGAAAUGCCACCCAAUCUCCAGAAUCGGGUGAUGCACAGCCCUUCUUUGCCAUGGUGGCUCCGCCGGCAGCCCAUGAACCCUUUACUCCAGCCCCGCGACACGAGGGCGUGUUCUCCCAUAUAAAAGCCUUGCGAACACCCAGCUUUAAUCAGGUUAAAGAGGAUAAGCACUGGCUAGUUCGAACAUCCCGCAGUCUGUCUAAUGAGACGAUCGACACCAUAGACAAGUACUUCCAGAAGCGCUGGGAAUCGCUGCUGGCCGUGGACGAGCUGGUGGCCACUUUGGUGGGCGUGCUAAAUGAGACGCAAUCCCUGGACAACACCUACAUCGUUUACACCUCAGACAAUGGCUACCACGUCGGUCAGUUCGCACAGCCGUUCGACAAGCGACAACCAUACGAAACGGAUAUUGGCAUACCGCUGCUAAUCCGCGGACCUGGAAUCGCACCUGAGAGCCAUGUAGACACCGCCGUCAGCUUGGUGGACUUGGCGCCCACCAUAUUGGCCUGGGCCAACGUCAGCACACCAGCCUACAUGGAUGGACAAUCGUUUCACGAGAUUUUAUUAAGCAAAGAGCGGAGGAUUCCCUUUUUCGAACGAUCUCUGUUAAUCGAAUACUGGGGUGAGGGUAACGUGAACACCUACAAUCCCGAAUGUCCUUGGGCGGAGCAAGAUCGGUUGUCACAGUGCACUCCGGAAGUGGAUUGCCAUUGCCAGGAUUCGUGGAACAAUACCUACGCCUGCCUGAGAAAUAUUCGCCACCGGGAGGAUCGCGUCUACUGCGAGUUUCGCGAUAAUGAGAACUAUUUGGAGGCCUAUGACCUGCAGCUGGACCAGUUUCAAAUGACAAACAUUGCCCUCGACCUGUUGCCCAUUGAACGAGCUUUGUAUUCGUUGCGGCUGAGAAAUCUCACCCAUUGCUCUGGUCACUCAUGUUUUCUAUAGGUAUAUAAGUAACCCAUUCACUGUUUGUGAAAACUUCUCCUGAUUUAUAUAGAUAUAUAUAUUUUAUUCUACUCCUAGCUUAACCAAUCUUGCAGUCACAAGUGCAAUCCAAACCAAAAUAAUGUUCGCCUAGAAUAUAUAGUUUUUGGGAUAUUUUUUAUGUAUUCAGAUAUCAUGUGAUUUAAGUACCUAUAUACAUAGUCUCGAAUUGUUUAUAUUACAAA